AUGGGGGCUUCCGCAGCUCUCGUUUUCUCAUGCAUGGGAGCAGCUUACGGCACAGCGAAGAGUGGCGUUGGUGUUGCAUCCAUGGGUGUUAUGAGGCCUGAACUCGUCAUGAAGUCCAUUGUUCCCGUUGUUAUGGCUGGUGUGCUUGGUAUUUACGGCCUUAUCAUUGCCGUUAUUAUCAGCACGGGUAUCAACCCCAAGGCCAAGGCCUAUUACUCUUUUGAUGGUUACGCUCAUCUGUCUUCUGGGCUCUCUUGCGGUCUGGCGGGUCUCGCUGCGGGCAUGGCCAUUGGGAUUGUCGGCGACGCUGGUGUCAGAGCUAACGCCCAGCAACCCAAGCUUUUCGUCGGCAUGAUUCUUAUUCUAAUUUUUGCUGAAGCUCUUGCCCUGUAUGGGCUUAUUGUUGGUAUCAUUCUGUCAUCGCGUGCUGGCCAGUCUCGCGCCGAUUAG